AUGCUAAAGUGUUGCCACAUACGAGUUGCGGAAAGUCGUGAUAUUAAGCCAUUUGAAGAAAUAUUCAUUUGGGGUAAAUUGGAAAAUAAGAAUGAAAAAUUUACUAGAGAUUCGUAUAUCGAAGGUACGGAACAUUUUCAGCAGAGAACUGGGCUUCUUACAGCCCCGAUAAAGAUUUCGGCAGAAAUGAUGAACGAUGAAAGUAAAAUCCCCAUAUGUGUACUGAAUACUACUGAUAAAUCAAUCAGAGUUUAUAGAGAACAAACUGCGGCCACAAUUCAGGAACUGCCAAGUACCCACAACAUAGCACAUAUUUCAGAGUCAAAUAUGGGGGGAAAUAAUCCAUCAUCACAAUAUGACCCAGUCCCAGAAGUAUCAGUUGGUGAACAAUUGACAACACAACAAAGAGAAAACCUAGAAAUUUUAAUUCGAAAAAAUACACAAGUUUUCGACUACCCAGGAAACAGUGGGUUCACCACAACAAUAGAGCACACAAUACCCACAGCCGUAUCUGAUCCAAUUGUGUGCCACCCCAGACGACACAACCUGGGGUUAACACAAAAAAUUAAUGAAGCAGUAGGAAACCAUGUAAAGUCGGGACAUUUGACACCCUCUAAGUCCCCUUGGGCAUUUCCAAUUGUACCUGUAUUGAAACCAGAUAAAACAGUUCGAUUGUGUGUAGACUACAGACCACUUAACAAAAUUACCCAGAAUGACCCAUAUCCAACUGGAAAUUUGCAAGAGGUUCUAGACAAUCUAUCAGGUGCUAACUAUUUUAGUGUUAUUGACUUGGCCCAAGGUUAUUUGCAGGUCCCACUGGCCAAGGAAGAUCGACCAAAGACAGCGUUUCGAUCACCUACUGGGUUUUGGGAAUGGACAAGAAUGCCAUAUGGUUUAAAAGGAAGUCCGGCAACUUUUUCUCGGUUGAUGCAGAAGGUUCUAGGACACAUUCCACCACAUCGGUUGGCAUUGUACAUGGAUGAUAUCUGUAUUAUUAGCAAAACGUUUGAGGAACAUUUAGUAAAUCUCCAGGGAGUAUUUGAUGCAUUGCGACAGCAUGGAUUACGAGUUAAAGCUAAGAAAUGUGCUUUCGCAAUGAAAGAAGUGAAAUUUCUUGGACACAAAGUUUGCAACAAGGGUGUGCAGCCAGAGGAACAUAAAGUAAAGGCAAUUCGUGCAUGGGUUGCACCAACUUGUCUUAAAGAGGUGCAAAUGUUUUUGGGUGCAGUUGGGUGGUAUCGGAAGUUUAUCAAGGAUUUUAGUACAAUUGCUCGACCAUUAACAUGGCUUUUGGAGAAAGAUGUCACAUUCACUUGGGGUAAGGAGCAAGAUGAUGCAUUCAAUACACUAAGACAUGAGUUGGUUAAAGCUCCAGUAUUAGCCCAUCCUGACCCCACUCGACCCUUUGUUGCUACCACGGAUGCAAGUAAAGUGGGUCUGGGUGGUGAACUAUCACAAGAAGAUGCACAAGGACAAUUACAUCCGGUUGCAUAUUUCAGUCGUGCAUUGACCAAACGAGAACGUUCAUAUCCAACUUAUGACAGAGAAGUGAUGGCUAUGCGAGACACGCUUAAGCAUUUUCGGUAUUAUCUGUUAGGAGCACAAGUAGUGAUGAGGACCGACCACAAACCUCUUCUAAAGAUCCUGGAACAGAAAGAUCCAUUUGGACGAAGAGCGACAUUGAUGAGAGAUAUAGCAGAAUUCGAACCACGCAUAGAGUUUAUUCGAGGGCAGAAUAAUCACAUGGCAGAUGCUCUUAGUCGGAUCGGAUGGAAUGUCAAAUGGGAAGAGAGAGAUGAGGAUACUAGUAAAGUGGCUACUAUUGGUGGCUCUCAAGACGAGAUUGGUCCAUGCAAGGAUGUAAGGUUGGACAUAAAUGAUUUCCAACUGCAGCAAGAACGUGACCCAACCCUUAAGCCACAUAUUUCUACUCACCGAAACGAACAUGGUUUAUUCACACGAGAUCAUAAGAAGCAAGUGUUACUUCCAGCAUCGCUUGUUCCCACCAUAUUAUCAUUAGCUCAUGACGAAACAGGGCACCAAGGAGCAGAUAAAAUGCUUGCAAGAAUUGAACCUCAUUAUUGGUGGCCAAAGAUGAAAGCAGAAGUAGAGAACUAUGCAAAAACGUGCCAACGCUGUGCUGCUACUCUUGCCCAGGGACAUAGAAAAGCACCCAUUCAUCAACGACCAAAAGAAGAGAAACCGUUUGCGUUGAUAGAAGUAGAUCUCAAGGGUCCAUUACCGAGAACGAAAGAGGGAUUUGACAAUAUUGUUGUGAUAACAGAUCCAUGUACAAAAUAUGCAGAGAUGCAUCCAAUUCGAGGACAAACCAGUCAAGUUGUUUGUAAGACACUCAUGGGUUGGAUAUCAAGAUAUGGGUUACCAAACAAAGUGCACUCUGACAAUGGACCUUGUUUCAUAAGCGAAACAUUUGAACAGUUUUGCAUAACCCAAGGCAUUGAGCAUACUUUCAGUCCACCCUAUAGGCCACAAGGAAACGCGGGUGUAGAACGGAUUAAUCGUACGAUGGGGGAAGCACUCACAAAAUUGGUAGAUAAACAUCCCAACCGAUGGUCUCAACACCUACCUGACGUACAACUAGCAUACAACACGGCAGUUCAUACAAGUACAGGAGUUUCGCCGUACGAACUAGUUUUCAAGGAGCACCCGCGAUCAAAAUUCGAAAUUAUAACAGAGAAGAUAUCACCAGCAACGGUUAGAGAGAAAACGGAACGACUGCGCGAGACUGUUAGUGAGGUAUUCCAAAAAGCACAAGAGUCCGAUGCCAAGUUAGCGGAAAAACGCAGAGAACGGUACAACAGUAAAACUUCGUUUAAAUCGUUGGGGGUGGGUCAACAAGUUUGGAAAAGAAAUUUACGAGCAAAAACAUUUGCAGAUCGGUGGACGGGACCCUAUGUCGUGGUAAAGCCCACGUCGGUAACCAAAACAUCUUAUGUGGUGAGAAGGAAUAAUGGAACUAAAGAAGAAAUUGUCCAUUACAAUUACCUUAAACCUUAUCAGAUUCGACCUGUCAAGAAACCAAAGUCAAGGAAUCCACCAAAGAAGAAUGGGGUCGGACACCCAGCACUGGGUACCAGUGAGGACAGUGAAUCUGACAGCAGAGAAGAGGAAAUGCAACCAGAGAGAAGAUAUCCAGAAAGAAUUCGAAGACCUCCAGAAAAAUACACAUAA